UGUUUACAUGUACAGGUCCUAUCCCCUAACCUAACCUAACCUUAACCACUCGAGGGGAAAUGCCUAACCCCAACCAAUCGAGCUGCUUCGUAGGGCAGGACUUGACAUGGUCAUAAGGAGAUUCGUAACUGUCUAUGGAAAUAUCGCGUGUUAAAGAAACAAGUGCAACAGAAGAAGAAGAAGCAGGAAGAACUUCCGGAGGUCGUAGGUGAUCUCUGUAUUUGAAAACAUGGAUCCAAACAACGUGAAUGAAGCAUCGGACAACAUGAGUGGUAAUGGGGAAAUGGCAUCUGUCAUGGGAUUCUCUGGGUUUGGUAAGAAGGCCCGCACAUUUGACCUGGAUGCCAUUUUUGAACAGACCCGUCGAACAGCCAUUGAGAGGACUCAGCGUGCAUUAGAGAGGAAACAGAAGGAUGAUCAGAUAGAGGAGGAAGGGGAAAGCUCCAAAUCAGUCAAGUCAUCAGUACACACUCAGAGAGACAAAGCUGCGACUGCUACUUCCAGAAAACAGGAGAGUGAGAGCAGCAGUGACAGUGGUUCAGAUUCAGACUCAGAAUCAGAGCUUAUUGGGCCUCCACUGCCUCCUCAAUAUACAGUCAAGGACGACGACGAUGAUGAUGAGCAUGCGCGACUGCCUCGCCUAUCAGGCAACUCGGCUCACAGUGAGGAGGAAGAUGAUGAGGAUGAUGAAGGGGAGACACAAGAUGAUGAUGACGAUAAUCCAGUGAAGAAGAUUCCAGACACUCAUGAGAUUACACUGCAGCAUGGCACAAAGACAGUGUCAGCUCUUGCCUUAGACCCCUCUGGAGCUCGUCUGGUGACUGGUGGGUAUGAUUAUGAUGUGCGGUUCUGGGAUUUUGCUGGAAUGGACCAGGCUCUGCAGGCUUUCAGAUCCCUCCAGCCCUGUGAGUGCCAUCAGAUCAAGUCCCUGCAGUACAGCAACACUGGUGAUGUCAUCUUGGUGGUUUCUGGCAAUGCACAAGCCAAGGUGUUGGACCGUGAUGGCUUCAAUGUCAUGGAGUGUGUGAAGGGAGACCAGUACAUUGUGGAUAUGGCCAAAACCAAGGGCCACACAGCUAUGCUGAAUUCUGGCUGCUGGCAUCCCAAGAUUAAAGAAGAGUUCAUGACCUGCUCCAAUGAUGGCACUGUGCGCACAUGGGACCUGAGCUCGGAGAAGAAGCACAAGUCUGUGUUCAAACCACGUUCCUUCCAGGGGAAGAAGGUUAUCCCUACAUGCUGCACCUACAGCCGCGAUGGGAAGCUCAUUGCAGCAGGCUGCCAGGAUGGCACCAUCCAGAUAUGGGACAGAAACCUCAGCGUCCAUACAAAGUUCCACUGUCGACAAGCACACAUUCCAGGAUCAGACACAUCUUGCCUCUCCUUUUCGUAUGAUGGCAUGACUCUUGCUUCACGUGGAGGUGAUGACACUCUGAAGAUGUGGGAUAUACGUAACUUCAGGAAUCCUGUGAAUGUUGCUACUGGACUGACCAACUACUUUACAAUGACUGACUGUUGUUUUAGUCCAGAUGACAAACUUCUUGUAACGGGGACUUCUGUGAAGAAAGACGAGGGACAAGGAAAGUUGGUUUUCUUUGAGCGAGCUUCCUUUCAGAAGGUCUAUGAAAUAGAAGUCACCAAUGCAAGCGUCGUCCGCUGCCUGUGGCACCCAAAACUUAACCAGAUAAUGGUGGGAACUGGGAAUGGACUGUCCAAGGUCUACUAUGACCCUGUUAAAAGCCACAGAGGGGCUAAGCUGUGUGUAGUGAAGAGUCAGCGGAAAGAGAGACAAGCAGAGACAUUAACACAAGAUUACAUCAUCACACCUCAUGCCUUACCCAUGUUCAGAGAGGCCCGGCAGCGGAGUACACGAAAACAGCUGGAGAAGGACCGACUUGACCCAAAGAAAUCCCAUAAACCCGAGCCACCUGUGUCUGGGCCAGGUCGUGGAGGAAGAGUAGCAGCUCAUGGUGGCACUCUGUCUUCAUUCAUUGUGAAGAACAUUGCUUUAGAUAAAACCGAUGACAGUAACCCACGGCAAGCCAUCCUGCGUCACGCCAAGGAAGCAUCAGAAAACCCUUACUGGGUUGCACCAGCAUACACACAGACCCAGCCAGAGCCUGUGUUUGCAGAGGAAUCAGAGGAGGAUGAGGAAGCUGACAAGGAACCAGAAUGGAAGAAACGCAAAAUCUGAGGUGCCCCAACUGCAGCUCAUCGAAAUGGAUUGUGUGUGUGUGUGUGUGUGUGUGUGUGUGUGUGUGUGUGUGUGUGUGUGUGUGUGUGUGUGUGUGUGUGUGUGUGUGUGUGUGUGUGUAAGUGUGUGUGUGUGUGUGUAAGUGUGUGUAAGUGUGUGUAAGUGUGUGUAAGUGUGUGUAUGUGUGUGUAAGUGUGUGUAAGUGUGUGUGUAAGUGUGUAAGAGUGUGUGUGUAAGUGUAAUAUCUCUCACGGUAACCACAAGUUCUCAGGAUCAAUCCCAAAACAUUGUCAGAAAAUUUUCAUAGGAGCAUCAAUUAAGUUACUAAAGUGGACAGUCCUGUCUUCCCUCUCGUGAUUUUUGCGUAUAUGUAUUUAUGUGCAUGCUUCUGUGUUAAAUGGUAGCACAUAAAUGUGCAGACAUUUUUACUUUGCAAGCAUAAUAUAGUUUUAUACGUAAAACAUCCUCUCAUUACAAUUCAUCAACCCCUGGAGGAACUUGGCUUUUUACGUCUGUUUUGGUUAUAUGGUCUUUAUUUUCAUCAUUUGCAUUGUCCUCUCCUCCCACAUCUCCAGAGUUUGCUAAUGCCUCAUAAAUUGUCUCCAGAUUGUGUGGUCUGGUUGUGUUCAUUAACUAUGAAGAGCAGUAGACGUACACUAACUUGCAGCCAAUUCUAUUCGUUUUUAAGGGUUUACACUUUUAAAAGCUGUGCAGUUUUGUUGGAUGUUAAAUACAAGACUUCAAUCAGACAUCUGCUAAUUUAGAUUUUUUCCGACAUGCUGUUUUUCACCUCAAGACCUAUAUUAAAGAAUUUGUAUUGAUUUAAUUAUUGAUUGAUUUCAGCGAUCCAAGGAGCCCAGAGACACAAUAAAAGGAAUUAUUCUGGCAAAUAUGUUUGUAAUGAGGCACUGGGUUUAACUGCAGAAAUGCAAUACACCCACUUCUGGCCAAGCCGGCGUUUUGACUCACUGCUUUUAUUAAAGGUUUUACAGGCUACUUUUUGCAGUUAUUAAAUUGGUAAACUUUA